CGAAACGUAGCGAUACUACAUUUCCCAGUAUUGAUAUAUUCAGGGACAGCGUUUUAGUUAUGCUGUGAAGUCUGUGCUUAGCGCAAACACACUUUUUUUUGUAUAACUAAGGCUAAUAUACGCCUGUCUUCUAACACAUGACUCGUUGUUCUUUUUAUCAUUUAGUGACAGAGCUACAGUCUUUGUUCUGCUGUAAUUUUUAUACUAAAACAAGCAAUGUGUUAGCAGCAUGCUAAUAGGCUGACACCACCUGGACUUUUUAGAGUUUAAUUAUGUAUUAUAAUGUUGCCUGAGUUAUUGAAAGACGUUGAAGCUGGAGGGCUCCUUAUUAUACAAGAUUCUGUGCGUUACUCCGGCCGACAACUCCUCAAGAGCUUCGUCAAGGCUGCAUUAAACAGAGAGGAAACUGUCCACUUCAUCGGCUUCGAGUUCAGCGAAGAUGAACUGAGAGAUGGACUGAAAGGACCAUUUGCCAAGAGGCUUCACAUUCACAGUGCUUUCACUGACCCCCUGGGUUGGACAGAUCAUCCAGUUUUUACAGUUCACCAGUUCAAUGCGGAGGAAAUUACGCAUCUAAUAAAGCAAACAUCACACGCCAGUGCAGUGACCUUAGUGAUCGACUCUCUCUCAUGGAUUUUGAGGCAUGUUAGUCCAUCUGUUUUUUGCAGGACUCUUCAGCAACUAAGAAAAGGGGGCGCCGUGAGAGCUAUUGUUGGUCUACUACAUGCAGAUAUGCAUCAGAAAGGGAUUGUGGGAAGUGUAUGCCAUCUGGCCACAUCAGUCAUCACUGUGGCUCCUGGAAUGAAGGCAGAAGAAGCUGAAGCUAAAAUAACAAAACGCUCCAAGUCAGGAAAAGUUUUGCAGGAUGAGGAGAUUUUUGUCAUCAAAGAAGAUCUUUCUGUUAUUGUACAAGGCAAGUCUCACCAAACAGAACCCAUACAGACAGGCCCCGAGGAACAGAAGAUGGAUCCAACUGCAAACUUGACUUUCAACCUCCGCUUAUCUGAUGCAGAGCGUCAGGCCAAAGAGAACCUUUCCCUCCCCUUUGUUUUCAGCAAAGAGAAGAAAACUGCUCUCCUGCAUUCGGGCCCCAGUUCAGGAAGAAUUCUGUAUGAGCCUGAUGAAAACGAUGACUAUGAUCAGGAGGACCCAGAUGAUGAUCUUGAUGUAUAGAAUAAAGGCAUUUACUAGAACCCCAGAGCCUUCAUGUUUCAUGGACUCUUUGCAUAUUUUGCAGAAUCUGAGCCUGAGAAAAUCUCUUGGAGCCUCCUGUAUUUGAUGGUUGUCUGCACUCUGUUACAUUUGUCAUGACAAACAGUCAAUUUUUAUAUUAUACUCCUGCACAAAAUAUAGCUAUUUUCAUAAAAAUUCUCAUGUCAUAAUUUCAAAUUAGGAUAGUCUUUCAUAGGUAAUGAAGUGUGUAAAUCUUUGAGUCUAACAAGCAACCGGAGGACUGCUAAUCAUCUGGGAUCACUAAAUGAUCUACUCAACUCUUUAUCUUAUUGGCUUGCAAAGACAGGCUUCAUUUUAGAUGCAUAUAUAUACUGUUGAUAUUGCUAAGGUUCUAGAAAAGUUGGAUUUUAGCAUCAGCAGAGACGGUGACAUAUUAAGUACAAAACUGCCAACAGCAAAAACCUCUAGAGGGCGCUAAUCAAAUUUUAUGGGUGAUUUUAGUGUACAAUUCGCGCAGGAAUUACACAUUUCUAUAUAUCCAAAUCAUUCAAUCAAUAAUUUAUUUUGACAUAGUUUUAAUUUUCUCUUGCCCCAUCUAUAAACGCGUGUCAAAGUCUAUGAAAUGAUUAGGUUAACUAAAACCAAUUACUUUAUGUAAACAACGGACACACGUUUGCAAACGACCAUUUGUACUAACCGUUAAAGCAGCAACAAUUAAGCAGCUAUCAUCACAUAAUACAUUUCGGGGCUCGUGCUCGCCUGUUUGUUUUCUUUCCACGUGGACGUGCUGCGCGCGAUCCCGCGGUUUUUCACGGAAGUGACGAAAAUACGGUGAUGGCGGCUCGCACUUUCAUUCCGGAUUUCCACUGGACUACAAACUGAAUAUUACCGGGGCCGGCUGGACUUUGUGGAACUUUGGUGAAACUGUUUUUCCUCUGAUGCCGCGCGCCACCAAGUCCUACUAAACAGGGUACUUGACGUGCUUUCGCAGCUGUUGGGGGUUAAUUUUCGUCCAAGGUUCAAGGUGGUCACCCCGUCGAGCUAGCGGUGGCUAACGAGUGGCUAGGUGCUAACGACAGUCGGUGGUUCUCAGCUCUCUCCAGAGCUCAGCUUCGGAGGUCAAUUUGGCAUAAUUGCUUGUCUACGUGAAUGUCUUUGAACCUUUUAAGUGGAACAGAAA